GGGUAAAAUCGUCCUUUACAAAUGUCUUGCUUCUAUAAAAUAAAGGCCACAAAUUAGGGUUUUCGUUCGCUCAUUCAUCUCCGAAGCAAGAAGAAGAGAAAGCAGCCGCAUCCCCAGCCUCCUCCUCUUCCUCUCUGCUCACAAAUUAGGGAUGGAAUCUCAGGUGAAGCAUGCUAUCGUGGUCAAAAUUAUGGGCCGUACUGGGUCUAGGGGUCAAGUGACUCAAGUCAGAGUCAAGUUUUUGGAUGACCAGAAUCGUCACAUCAUGAGGAACGUCAAAGGACCAGUCAGGGAAGGUGACAUCCUCACCCUUCUCGAGUCUGAGAGAGAAGCAAGAAGGUUGCGCUAGAGGAGCUCUCAUGCUUUGGUUCAGGAUUUGACGAACCGUUUUUGUUUUGUUUUAGCUAGUUGAUGCUACUUGUUCGUGUCAUGAUCUUAAUUUAUGCAUCUAUUAUUACUUGAAUUUCAUGUCUACACUUCAUGUUGUUGAAUUUUGAGUAAAUCUGUGCUUUGACUAUAAGUUUUGUCCUUCUAUAUUGGCCGCAUGAGACCUUGAGCCCAUAUGUUUAAACCUUAUUAAAAGUGUGAAAAUUUUCUGGACUA